AUGCCAGGUCAUAGAUCCAAGUCGGAGAAGAAGGAUGCGGAGAAGCAGCUCCGCCGGGACCCGUACGAGGUUCUAGGCGUCUUAAGAAACUCUACGGAUCAGGAAAUUAAGAGCGCGUACCGGAAAAUGGCUCUCAAGUACCAUCCUGAUAAGACUGCAAAUGACCCCAUUGCAGCCGACAUGUUUAAGGAGGUCACGUUUUCCUACAACAUCUUGUCUGAUCCGGAGAAACGCCGUCAGUUUGACUCAGCAGGUUUUGAGGCUGUUGAAGCAGAGAGCCAAGAUCUGGAGCUGGAUCUCUCAAGUUUAGGAGCUGUGAAUACUGUGUUUGCAGCUUUGUUUAGCAAACUUGGUGUGCCGAUAAAAACAUCCGUCUCUGCAACUAUCUUGGAAGAGGCGCUUAACGGCAGAGUUUCAGUUGAUCCUCUUUUACUGGGACAAGCUGUAACUAAAAAGGUUGAAAAGCAAUGUGCACACUUUUAUGCUGUCAGAAUAACAGAAGAGGAAGUGAGCUCUGGGUUGGUCUGCAGAGUAGAAUCAUCUAGCAAAAGCAAGUUCAAGUUACUGUAUUUUGAUCAAGAAGCCAAUAGCGGAUUGAGCUUAGCCCUGCAGGAGGACAGCAAAAAGACUGGCAAGAUAACAUCUGCUGGAAUGUACUUUCUCGGUUUCCCUGUCUACCGGUUGGACCACACAAAUAAUUCGAUGGCUCAAGCAAAGGAUCCAGAAACUGCCUUCUUCAAAAAGCUUGAUGGGUUUCAGCAAUGUGAAGUUACCGAGCUCAAAGCCGGUACUCAUGUCUUUGCUGUCUAUGGUGAUAAUUUUUUCAAAAACGUGAACUACACAAUCCAAGUCCUUUGUGCUGCCUCUUUUAAGCAAGAGAAAGAAGAUCUCAGGUCUGUAGAAGCUCAGAUCCUCACUAAAAGAGCAGAACUGUCAAAGUUUGAGACAGAGUACAGGGAAGUUCUCGUGCAAUUCACCGAUAUGACCAGUAGAUACGCUCAGGAAAUGGAAUCGAUCGAUGAGCUCUUGAAGCAGAGAAAUGAGAUUCACUCAGCGUACACAACGGCUCCAGUGAUGAAGAGGAGCUCGAGCAAGAGCAGGCUGAGAAAGAGCUUCAAGAAGGCGGCGGCGAAAGCGCCUGCACCAACUGAGCAGGAAGACGAAGAAGAGGAAGAGGAAGCGGAGGAAGUAGAAGAAAGCAGCAGGCAGAGGAACAAGAAACCAAGUGCUUGUGAAAAGUCUGACUCGCUUAAGAAGAAAAGCAAAUGGUACAAUUUACAUUUGAAAUUGGACAAGAAAAAACCUUGUUAG